GAACGGACGGGCAGAGAGACAGACGGCCAUACGGAGAAAAAACAAAACACACAGAGUUUGAAAUGACGUGGCGAGAGAUCCGUAGUCGGCAGUUCUGGCGUGCCAUUCUUGCAGAGCUGCUCGGCACCCUGGUCUUAGUGAGCGCCGUGCUUGGUGCCUCUGUGCCGGGCCCUGGAGAGGCCCCCACGGGGCCCCUAUACCCAGCAGUGGCAGUGGGCGUGUCGGUCGUUGCUCUGGGACACUGUUUUGGAGAAAUAAGUGGUGCACAGGUGAACCCUGCAGUGACUCUGGCUCUGUUGGCCACUCGGAGGCUGGAGGUUCUCAGAGCAGUUGUUUAUAUCAUUGCACAGUGUUUGGGGGCCUGUUUAGGAGCCGGAGCCCUCUACCUGGCUCUGCCCGUCAAAACCACCGCAGACCACUUCGUCAACAGGGUACCUAUAGAGCUGAAUGCGGCUCAGGCUCUGGGCAUUGAGGUUCUGUGCACCUUCCAGAUGGUUUUCACUGUGUUUUCAGUGGAGGACCAGAGGCGGAGGGAAAGCCCAGAACCAGGAAACCUGGCCAUUGGAUUAGCACACACUGCUGGAGUACUAAUAGGAGGGCGGUUCUCUGGUGCGAGUAUGAACCCUGCACGUUCUCUGGGUCCAGCCAUUAUCACUGGCUUCUGGGAGAACCACUGGGUUUAUUGGAUAGGACCGGUGAUCGGUGCUAUACUGGCUGGAGUGUCACAUGAGUUCUUCUUCGCACGCAGCGCCUCUCGCCAGAAGCUGGUGGCCUGUCUCACCUGUAAGGACAUCGAGAUCGUGGAGACAGCCAGCAUGACGGGGUCGUCUCUGUCCACGGUCACUCAGAACGCCAUGAGAGCCAAACAGGCCAACAAACAGGAAAACAACUGAGGACUUUAUGAAAAAAACCCCACAUAGACACACACAGAUCCUGCAGUUUUACAGUAAUAUUUAAUAGCAUGCAUAUUGUAAAGUUCUUCAGUCAUGCAGAUCAGGCUGGACAAUGACACACACACACACACACAAUGGAAAGUUAACCUGCUGUACAUGCAGUAGCAGCCAAUCAUCCAAGAAAGGAAAAAGGGGGAUUUAUCCCACAUCGAAUUUGUGGAAUUUUACUUUUUUUUUCAAGUUCUAAAGCACCUUAUUAAUAAAAUGAAGAAAUACUAAAACCCUUUAUUUAAGAGAAAGUAGAAUCACAUGUCAAGAGAAGAUUUUCAAGUGUUGCUGAGCAGGUGAAUAUUUGUUUAUUAAUUAAUUAAUUAAUCAAUCAAGUUUAACCCUCUAUGGUACGCAUUAUGAUGGAGUUAAGAAAAAAAAUGCUUGGAGUUUUUUUGUUGUCUUAAAAUAGAGUAAAUAAACAUAAUUUGAAGAUUUUUUAAAUAAUUCUUUUCUUUUAAAAAGUUUUUUGGGUUUGUUGCCUGUAGACAACAUUGUACCAUAACGGUGCACAAGAGAAAAAGAACAUUUUUAAAAGUAAGUUUAACAUAAUUUAUUUAAUAAACAUGUGUAAAAGACUCAGUAGCUUCAACAGGGAACAAUACAUAAACAUUUUAAAUUUAAAUUUUGAUGGAAUAUUUUUUCCAGAUGGAAAAGGGCCAGAAAAUUACGUUUUGAGUCAUUUUGGCGCAAAAUGGCAAAGCUGUUUCCUUUGGAAAAGUCUGCAAAGAAGUGUUUCAGUAUGGCCGCCUGGAGGUCAUGUGACAAAUUAAAGCAUUGCUAGUGGUUCCCUAUACUCUUCCCUCUUUUUUAAAGUAUUGCAUCACUCAAAAAGAUGCAUUGUAGAAAUUUGACAGGCCAAAAAUGGGUAUGUUGCCUGAGGGCAACACCGUACCAUAGAGGGUUAACUGUGAUUUCCAGCUUCUCAAGUGUCCUCGUGUCAUUCAUGUUGUGUUUUUAUGUAUAAUUCCCACAAGUUUUAAAUGUCUUGUUUUAUCUGACCACAGCCCUGAAACUCAAUUAUAUUCAAUUCACCAUGAUGUAAACAUGAAAAACAAAUACUCAUACGGUAUUUUAACUUUCAUGUGUAGAUGCGUGACAAAUUUUGUUUACUGACAGUUAACAGUUUUCCCGGGCUCAUUUAGUAAGUAGUUUAAUGAAGUGCAGCCUGAGGGGUCAAAGGUCACAGGCAUCAAAUGUUUGUUUUCAGCCCUGACCAGUAUACAUGCAGAGAUUUUUCUGGAUUCUAUGAAUCUCGAUUGGUGAGUUUGUUUGUGAUAUUGUGUUUCAACAAAGUCACACAAUAACACAAAUGAAAUAAUCCACUGAACCAGCAUCUCCUGUAUUACUGCUUUGGUCAAAGUUUGGUAGCUUUAAUUAAAGAAAGCAAAGAUAACACUGUGAGUUACCCAUCGGAAAGGGCUGUCUAACAACAAAGUUAAGGAGGAAAUAUUCUGAACAUGGCGUACACAGAAUUUUUUUUAAGGUGCCUAAAAUACUUCUUUUCCAUGUCCUUGCUCCAGUAACAAUGGCGGCAGCUCCUGAAGAGGUUAGCAUCAGAACUGGAGAGUAUUUCUUCAUUAAAUAACAGCUUUGAAAGCCCUUUUCCAAACAUUUUCCAUUACGGCUUCUCUGAUGGUUUUGUGUAAUAAACCCUCUGAAAGCGUAAACAACUACAGUUACAAUACUUCUUCUCCAAAACUGGGGACAUCACUAUGGAUUUGUGACUCCACAUUAUCAUCACACCAGACUCAGUACUCUAAACCUUUGAGUUCACUUAGUUGAGCAAAGAUGUACACAGU